UCCCGCCCCCUGUGAAGUUUAGCGGGCGGUUUUCCAGGGCGUCCGUAAACACAGCCGGGAAGACUUGUCAUGGAAGGGGAGGAGGAGGCGGCGGCCGCUCUGUCAUUCCCGAACCGGUCCCCGUCCCCGUGACUGUGGCUGCGGGGAAGCGAACUGUUAGGCGAAGGCACUCAGCACCAUCAUAGCUCCUUCUUCCCCGGGCCGGGCGGGCCGAGCCAGCGGAGGAGCGGGGAGGGCGCGCCCGGCCAGGCCGGCCCGUGCUGCGAGAUGGACGACAGUAAGGUGGUUGGUGGCAAAGUGAAGAAGCCCGGCAAGCGGGGCCGGAAGCCAGCCAAGAUCGACCUGAAGGCGAAGCUGGAGCGGAGCCGGCAGAGCGCGAGGGAAUGCCGGGCGCGGAAGAAGCUGAGGUACCAGUACUUGGAAGAGCUGGUGUCCAGUCGAGAAAGAGCUAUAUGUGCCCUCCGAGAGGAACUGGAAAUGUACAAGCAGUGGUGCAUGGCGAUGGACCAAGGAAAAAUCCCUUCUGAAAUAAAGGCCCUGCUCACUGGAGAAGAGCACAAUAAGCCUCAGCAGAAUGCAGGCAGGCACCCCAAAGCGGGGAAGACAGAUGCUAACAGCAAUGCCCUGCUGGGAAAUUAAACCCAGGGCUUCACACACUCGAGGGUGAAGACUGUGUGACACGCAGAGUCUGUGACUGAAGCCAGUAUUCUCAUUUCUACAGUGGAUAAUUGGAAGAUGGUACUUCUUGGCUCCAUUUCCUACUCCCUGCUCAGUAGUCAUCUCUAUAAAUCUGUAAUUUCUACCAAAAAUGUACGAUCAGACAUCACAAAGGCUCUUGCUGUAACUGUCAACACUCAGAAAUGUACAAAUGUGCAGACCUGGCCGGUAUUCCUGUUGACAUUGAAUGUGGUGUGAUGUUUAAAAACACAGGAGUGGAGGAAAAUGAGUGGAGACUGUACUUUUGCACCUUCACCCACAUUGCUCUUUUGGUUAAUGUACACUCCCCCGUGUCACUCAUGUAGUUGUGUGUGUGUGUGUUAGCUGUCGCUGCCACUGGUGGUUCUGACUGCCCACAAAAAGAAACCAACAGGCUGUUUACUGACCACAGGUGUUCAGCCUUUCAGGACCUAAUCAGAUUUCUUUAUAACUUGACUAAUGUUUAUUUUCUGCAUGAACCAUGAUUUCUUCUGUGAACCAUUCCAGCAUAAGCUGUGAAUUUGUAUUGACAAAUGUAUGCAUUUCUAUUUUUAUAAUCCUUAGCGACAUGCCUGUUUUAAAUAGUGUGCAUGUUACAGCAAAACCCUCAAGACAACCUCUGUUGAAACCUUUC